CAGAAGCAGAAUAUAAAACGGCUCGUCGCCAUGUUUGGGUAAAGCGAUGUGUCCUUGAUGUGAUUGUGUAAAAUGUCGAAAAUAUCGCAUAUAUCGUAGAACUGAUAGUUACGCGGGGUACCCAAUUAUUGCUCGAAAUUUAAUUUAAACGUCUGUGGAUUUUUUUUCCGCUGAUGACCAAUUUAGAGGCGAAAAUUUUGUGAUUACAUGAUGGUGUCCAGCGAAUGAGCGACGAAAGUUCGGGGGCAGGGCAGGGUGCUCUGCCCCCGCGGGAAGACUUCACUUCCCGAAAUGUGGUGGAGCGCCCUGCAGUAAGACUUGCACAAGUUGCGGGAGGACAGUACCUUCUUACUUCGCAAACGCACGGAAUACCAGCCCUCGCACAGAUCAGCGGAAGCAAUGCAUCGACCGCGAAUACGAGCCCGGGUGUGACUCGAAUCAUCAGUUUGAGUCCGUCGAGGGUGCAUACGUCGACUUUAAGGCCGAGCUUAGCCAAUCAGAAUAUCGUGAACGCGUUGACGAAACCGAGAGCAACCGGAAAUGUACGAACACAACUGUUUCAAGCCACGACGGUGCCGAAUCAAGUGAGAUCGCCCGUUAAACGUGCACUAUCUACCACGGAAGAAAAGGACAGUUACAGUGUUAAAUUGCAACGUGUCAUGAACCAUAGAAACGUUAGGUCGAAAAUAGUUAAAGAGAAAUAUAAUGAACAUUUAACUGAAAAGUAUUAUUUAGAGACGUCGGGAAAUAUUUUAGAUCUCCCGCUUUUUGCGAGAAGGCCGCCCACUCCACAUUAUCUCACUUAUUUGAAAGAAAAUGCGAUAGAUCCCAAAGAAGUUAUGGAUGACGAAGAGACGCAGGAUGUCGAAAUGAAGCCCGAUAUGACAAACUCGACUACCACCGUACCUACCACCCCCAGUGCGAGUAACAGUUUGGAUUCGUUUAGUUCAACCAACGGUCUCAAGGUGAAAGCGACCUCGUCGUACUCGACGCCAAACAACCAGGAGCAAAUUGUUGAGAAAGCCAAACAAGAGGCGUACGUCGUGCAAAGGAUAAGCGAUCUUCAAAAGGAAGGGUUAUGGUCUGAUAAGCGUCUGCCGAAAAUCCAAGAAAUGCCAAGGGUGAAAGCUCAUUGGGAUUUCCUGAUCGAAGAAAUGGUCUGGCUGGCCGCCGAUUUCGCGCAGGAGCGCAAAUGGAAGAAGGCGGCGGCGAAAAAAUGCGCGAAAAUGGUUCAGAAGCAUUUCCAAGACAAGGCGUCGGCAGCGCAACGCGCCGAAAAGGCGCAGGAGCAGCAUCUGAAGAGGGUGGCCGCUUUUUGCGCGAAGGAGAUCAAGAGCUUCUGGACUAACGUCGAGAAAUUGGUGGAAUAUAAGCAGAAUAUGAGGUUGGAGGAGAAGCGGAAGCGGGCCCUUGACCAACAUCUGAGCUUUAUAGUCGAUCAAACAGAAAAGUAUUCGCAAUUAUUAGCGGAAGGGAUGAAUAAAUCCGUCGUGAAUACAACUAUCAGCGAAGGUCCAAGCGCACCAUCAUCGAAGGCACCCUCGCGAAAUAAUUCCGAUGACGAGUUUCAACCUGAUCAUGAAAGCACGGACGAUGAGGAAACGAUACGACAAGAGGAAGAAACUGCCGGUGAACAGGGUCAUGGAGAAGAGGUCGCGGCACUACAGAGAGAAUCCGAAAUGGAUUUGGAAACUUUCUUAAACGAGUUACCUAAGGAUUACUUGGCAAAUCGUGACAAGAUUCAAAUCGGUGAAGGUGAAGAGACAUCGGAUGACGAUAAAGGGGAAGGCGAAAGUACCAGGAGUAGGCAGUCGGAAGAUGAAGACUUUGUGGCAGACUCGAGUAGUGAGGAGGACAAUGAGGAUACGAUAAAGGAGCAAGAGAAGGUAGAAGGCAAACAAAAUCAUAAAGAAGAACUAGACGAUUUGAAAGCUGAAAACGAAGUGAGUGUCGAAGAUUUGAGAAAGAAAUACAGCAAUUUGCCUCCUAUUCCGGAUGCAGAAGAUACACCUUCCGAUUCAGAUUAUUCUGGUUCAAACGGCGACGGUGAGGAUGAGGACUCCUCUGACGCCUCCGAUGUGUGCAGUGAUGUGGAUAUAAGUAUUUCUGAAAGUGAGGACCAUGAAGAUGAGAUCGGCCUGAAGUCGUUACUCGACGGGUCUGGUUCUUCGCAAAAUGAGGGAGAUUUAAAGACUGAUAACCAAGAUCUUAUUGAUGAUGCUGCGGCUAUCGCCGAGAGCAUCCAGCCGAAAGGCAAUACACUUUCUUCUACUAGCGUUGCCACCCCCAUUCCUUUCUUGUUGCGUUACACUUUGCGCGAGUACCAACACAUCGGUCUAGAUUGGUUGGUAACAAUGUUUGAUCGUAAGCUCAACGGAAUUUUAGCUGAUGAAAUGGGUUUGGGCAAAACUAUUCAAACAAUCGCCUUGUUGGCGCAUUUAGCUUGUGAGAAAGAAAAUUGGGGACCACAUUUAAUUAUUGUGCCCACGUCCGUUAUGUUAAAUUGGGAGAUGGAAUGUAAAAAGUGGUGUCCCGCUUUUAAAAUUUUAACCUAUUACGGUACACAAAAGGAACGCAAACAGAAACGCAUGGGAUGGACUAAGCCGAAUGCGUUUCACAUUUGCAUCACCUCAUAUAAGCUCGUAAUUCAAGAUCAUCAAAGCUUUCGGAGGAAGAAGUGGAAGUAUCUCAUAUUGGACGAGGCACAAAACAUAAAAAACUUUAAAUCGCAAAGAUGGCAGUUGUUACUUAAUUUCUCGACGCAACAGCGUUUGCUCCUCACGGGAACGCCUCUACAAAAUAACUUGAUGGAACUGUGGUCGUUGAUGCAUUUCCUAAUGCCUCACGUCUUCCAGUCGCACCGUGAGUUUAAAGAGUGGUUUUCCAACCCCGUUACUGGAAUGAUCGAAGGCAAUUCUGAGUACAACGAGAGUAUUAUUAAAAGGUUGCAUAAGGUGUUGCGUCCUUUUCUGUUGAGAAGACUGAAAUCCGAGGUGGAAAAGCAAAUGCCGAAAAAGUAUGAGCAUAUAGUGAUGUGCAGAUUGUCGAAGCGACAACGGUAUCUGUACGACGACUAUAUGUCUAGGGCAAAAACUAGAGAGACUUUAGCUACUGGUAACUUACUGAGUGUCAUUAAUGUACUUAUGCAGUUACGAAAAGUUUGCAAUCAUCCAAACUUAUUCGAAGUUCGACCGACAAUUUCCCCAUUCCAGUGCGAAGGUAUAACAUGGCAUAUUCCGUCUGUUGUGUACGCAGCUUUAGAAUAUGACGUGUGGAAGCAUAUCAAUUUGUAUUCUAUCAAUUUCAAUUUAAUUUUAAUGGAACUCUACUUAAGUGCGUAUCAAUGUUAUAGAAUGCGUCAAUAUCAAACGCCACGCAAAUUAAUCGAAGAAAUAAACUCGAUCGAAGAUCCCCCUCCUUAUUGUCCGCCUGCCAAAUUGGCGAUGCACGUGCAUAAAUUGCAACAACCCAGUGAUGUUAAGGUAGAUUGUAAAGACGAAGUUCCUAAACCCGGCCAAGCUAUAAAUACGCAAGCGAAUUUAAGAUUAAAAAUUGCACCUCAAAGCGUACUACAAUUGGUGCAACACAAUCCUCUCAAAGUGCUGGCGCAUCAAACAGGCAAUGGCAAUCAGACCAUACCAACGACAGUAAAUCUUACAACAGUCUUGAAGCAGGAUAAGCUUAUGUUUCAGCCUGGUAUAGCGCAACUAGUACAAACGUCUACCGGUAAACAUAUUCUAUUAGCCCCCACCACUAACGCUACCAUACCCAGUAACCUGAUUCCUGGGUCUACGACAGUCGUCACCACUGGUGGCCAACGUUUAACGUUGCUACCGAAACAGGCGGUGUGUGCCGGACAGGUUACUAACAUCACUAAAGGACUGCCAAAAAUACAAUUGAUGUCUGUAAAUUCUCAACCUUCUGCUGGGGCGCCAAACAUUUCCGAGUUGAAAAUGGAGGAAGAAAAGGAAACUGGAAGGAAAACCGUAGGAAAUACAUUUAUAAAUAAAUUAUAUUCGCUUCAAUCGAAUAACUUGGAUGUGAGAUGGAAGAAACAAAAAGCUAUGUCACCAAAACGGAAACACUUGAUCAACGAUAAAGGAGAAAUUGAAAUAACAGAUCACCACAAAAAUAAGUUGGACCUUUUAGCGACGGUUAACGAGAGGCGGUGUGGCGCCGUCCCACUGUACGGAAAAGACUUUCAGGAUAGUAUAAAAAUUGUAAAAACUAGCGACAGCGAUCCUUUGUGGUGUAGCGGUCGCUUACACUGCCUCAAUGCCCUGUUCAAUAUGAGUACAACAGUUUCCGAUUGUUUAAAGGAUGUAUUGUACACGCCCGAAAGACGAAUACAGCAAUUUAAAGAAACGUUCGAUAGGUUUAUCUUUUAUGUACCCGCGGUUCAUGCUCCCGAACCUCGGCUACAAGUAUGGCAUCCCAAUUCGCACGUUUACUGGGGCCAAAAGCGAGAGAUGGACGUCCUAUCUAGGUAUUUCUCGAAACCCGCCACCUGUCUGCAUUCGAUCGCCUCUGCAAUGGUUACCCAAUUCCCGGAUCCACGUUUAAUACAGUACGACUGUGGGAAGUUGCAGACCUUAGAUCGGCUAUUAAGGAAGCUGAAGACUGACGGUCAUCGAGUUCUCAUUUUUACACAAAUGACAAAAAUGUUAGACGUGCUGGAGGCUUUCCUGAACUUUCACGGUCAUAUUUAUCUGCGUCUGGAUGGUUCGACUAAGGUCGACCAGAGGCAGGUACUGAUGGAGAGGUUCAAUAGUAACACGAGGAUAUUUGCGUUUAUCCUUUCCACUCGCUCUGGUGGUAUCGGUGUUAACUUAACAGGGGCGGACACUGUGAUAUUUUAUGAUUCGGACUGGAAUCCCACAAUGGAUGCACAAGCUCAAGAUCGUUGUCACAGGAUUGGGCAAACUCGUGAUGUACAUAUUUAUAGGUUAGUUAGUGAAAGAACCAUUGAAGAAAAUAUAUUGAAGAAAGCCAAUCAAAAGCGUCUCCUAGGCGAUUUGGCGAUUGAAGGCGGAAACUUCACAACCGCGUACUUCAAAAGCACUACAAUUCAAGAUCUAUUUAACAUUGAUUCGAAUGACGAAAGCGCAACAAGCAGAAUGUCGGAGAUGUUGCAAAUGAGUAGGGAACGCGAAAAGCAGACCGCCGGAGAGCAACCUAUACAAAACGAAGAGAAAGGUGCGAUGGGCGCCCUCGAAAAUGCGCUAGCCACUUGCGAAGACGACCAGGAUGUUAUCGCCGCGCGAACUGCUAAAGCUGAGGCUGUUGCCGACUUGGCGGAGUUUGACGAAAAUAUUCCUUUGGAAGAUCAAGAGAAAGACAAGGAGAAAGAGCCCGAGCUGAGUAAAGCCGAGCAAGAGAUGGAGAACUUGGUGAAGCAGUUGACUCCAGUGGAAAGAUACGCAAUGCGGUUCAUUGAAGAAACAGAAGCAGCAUGGUCCGCAGAGCAACUGGCGGCUGCCGAACGAGAGAUCGAUGAGCAGAAGCGGGAAUGGGAACAAAACAGACUGGCAGCUUUGAAGGAAGAGGAAGAAAGGCGAGCUCGCGAGUUGGAGGAAGAAAACGACAUGCUCACUUACAGCAGAGAGGACGCAACCAAUCAGAUUUGGGUAUCGGAUAACACCGAAGAAUACAUGCCGAUGUGGUGCCCUCCAACGCCUCCUCAGCAAGACACAGAUGUUUACAUCGAUCAUACGUUAUCAUUUUUGUAUGAUAUAAACGUAAUGUCGGAAUCGCAAUUGCCGCCCGUGUAUAUAAAAAAAGACACAAAACGAUCACGACUUGAUGCCGGUUUAAUAGAUUCGCGAAGGGCGAUGAAAAUUCAACGUAAGGAUGACUCUGUUUAUGCCCCAAAAUCAUUAUUCGAAAGACCAUCGCCUGCUUUGGUUAAAAUGCGCCGCGAUUUAAAACUGCAAAAGUACCGGGGCAUUGUGCGACCUCCGGUUCCGAUGCCUGGCGUGAAACUGUCCACAUCAAAACCGGCGACUGAUCAACCAUGCUGGCACAAUUGGACCGUCCACGAAGACAUGGCGCUACUCAAAGUGAUCCAAUCCCUACAAGGAUUGCCGCUGAAUUUGAUGAUUCUAUCUCCCGGACACACUCCUAACUGGGAUUUUGUCGCCGAUUAUGUUAACACGGUCUCAAUAACGUACCGGUCACCUAAACAAUGCCGAAACCGAUAUGAAACCGUAAUCAUUCCUCGAGAAGAAGGCAAACAAAUCUUUGACACCACUCCUCGGAAGAAAAAGAACAAACUUCUAUACAAACUAACCGUGCAAACCAAGACAAAUCGACCCAUGCGAACCUCGCAGCUAUACACUCAAGACAACAACUGCACUUUCUCACAAUUGAUGAUUCAAAGAUACGAGGCGCUAAAAUCAAUGUCGACGAAACGUACAACAACAACCAAAACGGUAUUAAACAGUCCGGCGCUCAAAAACCCUAAACACACGGCGGUGCUCAACGAGUGUGGAAUUGACAUAGAUCAUCCUGUGCUUCCGGUCGAGGUGGCGGCACGACGAGCCGAAAGGCUGGCGAGAGAGAAAAAAUCGAUGACGCCCGAGCAGCUGGCAAUGGCGCAGCGGAUACAGUUGAUAAAGGCGGGUCAAAUGUCAGGUGGCCAGGUCACCACCAUACAGACCUCGAUACCGCAAAUUGCGGCGGUGACUACGGCGGCGCAAACUGUCGUAUCUGCGGUUUCGCAGACGCAGACGAGUUCCAUUGUUUCCACUGUUACAGCAACUGUAAUGUCAACGGCGAUGUCAACGCCCUCUACACCGCCAGGACAAUUACGAACUCAGCGUAUUAUCGCCGCACCUAUUCAAACGCCAACGGUCGUCUCAGUGUCUGGAUUGAGCCCAGCUCAACUGCAAGCAGCCACACAACGGCUAAUCGUAUCCGGUACUCCGGCCCAGGCCAAGGCUGUUGUCGGAGCGACCGCCGCGGUUACCGGUAAACCGAUCACUCCGGCCCAGUUGCAGCUUAUACGACAAAGCAAUUUGAAGCAACAACAAUUACGUUUGCAACCUGGUAGUUUGACGGCGCAAGCUGUAAAAACCUCUAGUGUCGCUAUAGGCGGACAAACAACUGUGCAAGUGCAAUUUACCCAGGCACAACCACGGGCGCAGUUUUUGAAGCACGGAACGGUUUCACUUGCGAACAAGCAGGGCUUAACACGCACCGUUACCGAGGCGGAGAUGGCUCAAAUAAUUAAAAGGCAGCAACAGAUUCAACAACAGAAAGUGCUAGCGGCGGCUGCGGCCGGUGGGGCGCAACCCACCACCGUCCAAAACUUAGCGCCUCAAGUCUACGCGCAAACAAUUCAGCAGGCGGGCACAUCCGGCACACAAGUCGCUACGCUCGUUAAGACCGUCUCAAGUGCUGGAGGUAUUACGCAAACCGUUACAAUUCCCGUUACCGGCGUAACUAUUGGAGGAGCACCUGUAAAGGCUACCUUAGCGCCAGGAAUCAAGACCACAACUCCGCCUCAAAUUCGUCACUUGCAAUUACAACAGCAGUUGUUGGCCCAAAAGAAACUAAUGAACCAAAAAAUUGGAAUUACUCAGGUAACCACGACGAAAGGGGGUGUCGCAACGCAACUCAUUGUAGGGUCAAAGCCCAUUCAAACGGCUAUGACAAUGCAGCAACUUCAACAAGUUAUGCGUACACCACUAACCGGAGUAGCACAGGGUUCGAUGGUACUAGCCAAAGGUUCAUCGCGAGUCAUUCCUGUCAACACAGGGCAAGGGGGUAAACAGACAAUUCAGAUGGUGGCGGCUUCGCAAGGGCUGACCACGACAAUCCGUCCGCAAACAUCAUCGGCGUUGGCUGGAGCCUUGGCCGGCAUAAAAGUUCAGGGCGCCACCGCUCAAACUCAACAGGCCCUACUGACGCACGUAUCUGCACUACAAGGCCAAAACGUGGCAGUCCGCCAAAAUAGUCCCGUUCGUAUUCAAACCGCGAGCGGUACGCCGCUCGUCGCAGUAACAGUACAGAGUCCCAACAUUCAGCAGGGAAGUUCGACGCCUACAGCCAAUACAGACAUACCUGAGCAAGUGAGUAGAUUUUUAAAGAAAUAAGGUUAUGUUACACAUUCAUUCCGAUAUUAAUGUUAGUAUUAACCGAUUUUAUCAAUAAGUAGUAUCGUAGACCCAAUUAAGUUGUUUUCUGUGAUUUCGUUUAGCAUUUUUUUUCUUUUUGUUUAAUUUUGUAGAUGCUUUGUGUCGAAAAGGUGUUGAGGUUAUUUAUAUAUUUUGGUUUUGUAUGAUUAUAAUAUUAAUUUAAUAUUAAACCGAUAUAAUGUA